UGUCGCCACGUGCCACGCGCAGCACGAGCCUCAUUUUCGCGUGAACUCUUUCUCCCGAUAUCAUAAAGAUGCAAAAAUUAGGGAAUUAAAUUAGUCGAGAAAUCGCUCCGGUUCCCCCAAAUCAAAUCGCCGCUCUCUCAAAAGUUUAGACAACCUGAUCUUCAUGAGUUCAAGAAGCUCGGUGGCAUCUAGUGUUUCCUGUGUUUCGGGAAACAAGGGCAAGUUCUCAGUUUUUGCUCUCCCAGGAUUUCUGGGAGGUUCUGUUGUCUGUGUAAACUUCCAGUUAUUCAAGGCCAUUGUCAGAAUUCCUUCUUCAUCCGUUAUCUUGGAGAUUUGUGGAGGGAGCGGGCCUUAGCUGGAAACUUCUUCUUUCUUUUAACAAAGUUUUUGCGAUUUUCUGAGUACUCUGUGGCCCAUGGUUUCUCCCCAGAUAUCGGGUCUGAACAAGACAAGGAACCAGAAAGCUUUCAAUAAACAAUUGCUUCUUCCCAUGGGCCCACCCGAUGUUAUUCCUUCUGAGAGUGUGGAAUUCGAUUUCUCUGAUGUUUUUGGCCCAUCGCCAACUCAAACCUCAAUUGAGGUGAAUGUGGUGACUUCCGAUAGUUCUGUAGCUGCUGCUUCAGAAGACAUAGUUUACAAUGAACCUGUGGUGAUUUUGAGCCGGUCACAUUCUCUGGUCGGACCCACAGCACUUGUAUGCCAAUCUCCACGGCUCCGCAUACACACAUUGCAUGAGACUGAUUUAGAGCUCAUAGAGUGUCCCUCUGGAGGAGAAGGGAAACAGGAGAGACCAUCUUCAUGCACUGCUGGAGAGCAUGAAGAGACAUCUCAGUCUGAGAAUGUUGAAAGUGUGGGACUUGAUGAUUUUGAUUUCUUGAAGGUUGUCGGCCAAGGGGCAUUUGGAAAAGUGUUUCAGGUGAUGAAAAAAGGAACAUCAGAAGUAUAUGCGAUGAAGGUCGUAAGAAAGGAUAAGAUUAUAGAGAAGAAUCACUUUGAAUACAUGAAAGCUGAGAGGGAUAUAUUGACAAAAGUUGACCACCCCUUCAUUGUUCAGCUCAGAUACUCUUUCCAGACAAAGUAUCGAUUGUACCUUGUGCUAGAUUUUGUCAAUGGUGGACACCUUUUCUUUCAGCUAUAUCAUCAAGGAUUAUUCAGAGAGGAUUUGGCACGUAUUUACACUGCUGAAAUAGUGUCUGCUGUUUCCCACCUUCAUGCAAAUGGAAUAAUGCAUAGGGACCUCAAACCUGAGAACAUCCUUCUUGAUGCUGAUGGCCAUGUCAUGCUGACUGACUUUGGUCUAGCAAAAGAAUUCGAGGAAAACACUAGAUCAAACUCCAUGUGUGGGACAGUUGAGUACAUGGCACCUGAAAUAGUUCUUGGAAGGGGCCAUGAUAAAGCUGCUGAUUGGUGGAGUGUAGGAAUCCUGCUGUUUGAAAUGCUGACUGGAAAGCCUCCUUUCAUUGGUGGCAAUCGGGACAAAAUUCAGCAGAAAAUCGUGAAGGAUAAGAUAAAGCUGCCCGCUUACUUAUCCAGUGAGGCUCACUCACUAUUGAAAGGGUUAUUACAGAAAGAAGCAAGCAGGCGUCUGGGCAGUGGACCUGCUGGCAGUAACGAAAUAAAGAACCAUAAGUGGUUCAAGUCUAUCAACUGGAGGAAACUGGAAGCUCGAGAAAUCCAGCCAAGCUUCCGUCCAAAUGUAGCAGGCAAGAUUUGCGUGGCUAACUUUGAAGAGAAAUGGACGAGCAUGCCAUUGACAGUCUCUCCUGUGGCAAGUCCAGUUGGGGGAAGUAAUUUCAAUGGAUUUACAUACGUGAAUCCUUCUGUUUUUCUUCAGAAGCCCAGUCCUCUCUCUUCUGAACCCGAGUCCUCUUAGCUGAGAACGUCCAUUGGUCAACUCGUUGAUCGGCUUGCAUGCUAGGGGAUUGGAGAUGUAUGAACGAUACCUCCCGCUUUAUUUUUAAUUUCUUUUAGUUUGUUUUGCUGUUAUAACCAAGAAAGCAUGUAAUUGAUGACUUUGCAAAUCUUUUAAUGGAAUUCAGUUUAUUUACGACA